GUUUGUCUCACUAUUAAUGGGAGUGAUAGUAGCAACGGGCAUGGGAAAAAAAAUGGUAGGAUAUCUCCAGGACUCCUGAUCUCGCACUAACCCCUCUCGGAUUGACCAUAAAUCACAAUGAAGAAGGGUAGAAAACCAAUCUAUAAAAGGCAAUACGAUCCCUCCUGAACUGAAUGGAAGUAAAGAACGUAAAAGUAAAGGAAAACUUGAUAUGACACGUUUGGACUUCUUUCAUUUUUAGCGCUAAGCUUUCUUUUUGUAUCUCUCAACUUUAUUUUUAUUUACUAAUGCAGGGAGUCCAAAGUACUUGUUGGUGAUGUUAUUUUGUAUCAGAUGUGUGUGUAAUGCCAUCAUCGCGCAUUGUGUUCACUUUUCUUUAUUAGGCCCCUUUCUUCCGCUUGUCACUUGUUGGGUCUGGAUUGGUAUUUAUAGGGUAAUGACUACAUUAUGGUUAUGUGUUUCGUGUUGCCGCACGUGUUUGGUCGGUUUUAUUUCUCUAUAUACAUCACUCCCCCCCCCCCAUCCCCACCUUACUUUCGCCUCUUUCAAAAGUCUAAAUUAUAAAGGGGCAAUAUAUAUUUGAAAUAUACAUAUAUAUUUAUGCAUUAACGUUUAUAUCAUAAUGUUCACGUUUACUCCAAAAAUCUCAAUGAACGAAAAUUUUCAUAGAUUCAACUAUCUCAUGGAUAAAAACACCGUCAUUUUCGUCUCCGUCUGCGUUGUUGGUGUCAAUCUUUAUUACUUUGACCCAACAGCGACGACAGUCGUCGUUCCUUCUAUGACUGUCAUGUGCUGCUUUAUGGUGGCUGUGAACAUGAUUCUGAAGCGCAUUUUAAACCAUUCGCGACCGUCAGGCGCCCUCAAGGAGAGUGCAGGAAUGCCGAGCAACCAUGCUGCAUCGUUGAUGUUUCUUUCCAUCAUCGCCUGUGAGGGGCUCCAGCGUAGCCACGCGGAGUUUCUAGCCCCCUGUAGUUAUCUCACCUUCACGUGUGUAACGCCUUCCUAUUUUUUCCUGUGGCUGAUACAAGGUUUGAUUAUUGCUUUUGCCAUCUAUGGCUCAGUUCUCCGAGUGAUUUGUGGCGACCACACAAUGCCACAGGUUUUGGUGGGCGGGGCAUUCGGUUUGAGUAGCGCCAUUCUCGUGAUGAGGUUGAACUACGCGGGGUACACCGGUUUACGCGCGGGUGGUCGUAUCGACGAGCUCGGAUACCCGGUAAAGCGACUGCUAUUGUUUGUUUCCACGGGGAUAAUUUCGCUGACGGUGAAAAAAAUAGCUCACAGUUAUAAACGAUAUAUAUUAAGUUCUAAAUGUAUAAUGAAGGAAAGAAGAAAGGUAAAUAGCAGUUGA